GAGGGGCGGGCCGGGAGGCCGCGGAGCGCGCUGGUGCUGAUGCAGGAUGGCUGAGCGCGCCGGAGCCUGGGAGGUCUGAGCCCGGCCAGGCUCGCUCCCUGCCCAUCGCCUCGUCCGCUGGCCGCCUCGUGGUCGCGGGCAGGUGGGCCGGGGGCGCAGGGCAGGGCCAGGCCAGGAGGUCUGCAGCCGGCGGGGCCCGAGGCUGGUAGGCUUGCCCUCCGCCUUCUGGGUCGUGGAGCUGUCGAGCCCGCCGGGUUCGCGAUGACCUGCUGAGGGGCAUCGUGUGAGGCUGGGCGGCUGCAGGAGGCGGCCUAGCAGCGGGAGGUGCGGUGCGGUGCGCGGCCUCCUCCCUCGCCUUGCCCAGCCCUGAGCCCCCACCCAUCCCCGCACCCCUCCCUGCCGCCAGCCGAGAUGGCGGAUCCUGCCGAAUGCAGCAUCAAAGUGAUGUGCCGGUUUCGGCCGCUCAACGAGGCGGAGAUUCUCCGCGGGGACAAAUUCAUCCCCAAAUUCAAAGGCGACGAGACCGUGGUGAUCGGGCAAGGAAAGCCAUAUGUCUUUGACAGAGUGUUGCCGCCCAACACAACCCAAGAGCAGGUUUACAAUGCAUGUGCAAAGCAAAUUGUCAAAGAUGUCCUUGAAGGUUAUAAUGGAACCAUUUUUGCAUAUGGACAGACAUCAUCAGGAAAAACCCACACCAUGGAGGGAAAGCUGCACGACCCUCAACUCAUGGGGAUCAUCCCGAGGAUUGCACACGAUAUCUUUGACCAUAUUUAUUCCAUGGAUGAGAACCUAGAAUUUCACAUCAAGGUUUCCUAUUUUGAGAUCUACUUGGACAAAAUAAGGGACUUACUUGAUGUUUCUAAGACCAAUUUGGCUGUUCAUGAAGAUAAAAACAGAGUCCCAUAUGUAAAGGGAUGCACUGAGAGGUUUGUGUCAAGCCCUGAGGAGGUCAUGGAUGUGAUAGACGAAGGCAAAGCGAACCGACAUGUGGCUGUCACAAACAUGAAUGAACACAGCUCUAGAAGUCACAGUAUCUUCCUGAUUAAUAUUAAACAAGAGAAUGUAGAGACUGAAAAAAAACUCAGUGGGAAGCUUUAUUUGGUUGACUUGGCUGGAAGUGAAAAGGUCAGCAAGACUGGUGCUGAGGGAGCUGUUCUUGACGAAGCUAAAAAUAUCAAUAAGUCUUUGUCUGCUCUCGGAAAUGUGAUCUCUGCCUUGGCAGAAGGGACAAAAACUCAUGUGCCAUACCGGGACAGCAAGAUGACUAGGAUUCUCCAAGACUCCCUAGGUGGGAACUGUAGAACCACCAUUGUCAUUUGCUGUUCUCCUUCUGUCUUCAAUGAGGCUGAAACGAAGUCCACGCUGAUGUUUGGACAGAGAGCUAAGACCAUCAAGAAUACAGUCUCUGUGAACCUGGAACUGACAGCAGAAGAAUGGAAGAAGAAAUACGAAAAAGAGAAAGAGAAGAACAAGACCUUGAAGAAUGUGAUCCAGCAUCUGGAGAUGGAGCUAAACAGGUGGAGGAAUGGAGAAGCUGUACCUGAAGAUGAACAGAUCAGUGCUAAGGACCAGAAGAACCUAGAACCCUGUGAUAACACCCCUAUCAUAGACAACAUUGCUCCUGUAGUUGCUGGCAUCUCUUCAGAGGAGAAGGAGAAGUAUGAUGAGGAAAUCUCCAGUCUAUACAGACAACUGGACGAUAAGGAUGAUGAAAUUAACCAGCAGAGCCAGCUGGCUGAAAAACUGAAGCAACAGAUGUUGGAUCAGGAUGAGCUUUUAGCUUCCACAAGAAGAGACUAUGAGAAGAUACAAGAGGAACUGACGCGUCUGCAGAUUGAAAAUGAGGCAGCCAAAGAUGAGGUGAAAGAAGUCCUUCAGGCCCUGGAGGAGCUGGCUGUCAAUUACGACCAGAAAUCACAGGAAGUAGAAGACAAGACCAGAGCUAAUGAGCAGCUGACAGAUGAGCUGGCCCAGAAAACGACGACAUUAACAACCACACAGAGAGAGCUCAGCCAGCUACAGGAGCUUAGCAACCACCAGAAGAAAAGGGCGACUGAAAUCCUAAACUUGCUGCUGAAGGAUCUGGGGGAGAUAGGUGGAAUUAUUGGCACCAAUGAUGUGAAGACUUUGGCAGAUGUGAAUGGAGUCAUUGAGGAGGAGUUCACCAUGGCCCGACUGUACAUCAGCAAGAUGAAGUCUGAGGUCAAGUCCCUGGUGAACCGCAGCAAGCAGCUCGAGAGCGCCCAGAUGGAUUCCAACAGGAAGAUGAAUGCCAGCGAGCGGGAGCUGGCAGCAUGCCAGUUGCUCAUCUCCCAACAUGAAGCCAAGAUCAAAUCUCUGACAGACUACAUGCAGAACAUGGAGCAGAAGAGGAGGCAGCUGGAAGAGUCCCAGGACUCACUCAGUGAAGAGCUGGCCAAGCUCCGAGCCCAAGAAAAAAUGCACGAAGUCAGUUUCCAGGAUAAGGAAAAGGAACAUCUCACGAGGCUGCAGGAUGCUGAGGAGAUGAAGAAGGCUCUAGAGCAACAGAUGGAGAGCCACCGGGAAGCUCACCAGAAGCAGUUGUCCAGACUUCGAGACGAAAUUGAAGAGAAGCAGAAAAUCAUUGAUGAGAUUCGGGACUUGAAUCAGAAGCUGCAACUGGAACAGGAGAAGCUGAGUUCUGAUUAUAACAAGCUGAAAAUAGAGGACCAAGAGAGAGAAAUGAAGCUGGAAAAGCUCUUAUUACUCAAUGAUAAAAGGGAGCAAGCAAGAGAGGAUCUCAAGGGGCUGGAGGAGACAGUGUCUAGAGAGCUGCAGACGUUGCAUAACCUCCGCAAGCUCUUUGUCCAGGAUCUGACCACCAGAGUGAAAAAGAGCGUAGAGCUGGACAGCGACGAUGGAGGGGGUAGUGCUGCCCAAAAGCAGAAGAUUUCCUUUCUGGAGAAUAACCUGGAGCAGCUCACCAAGGUGCACAAACAGUUGGUCCGAGACAACGCCGACCUGCGCUGUGAGCUGCCCAAGCUGGAGAAGCGACUUCGUGCCACUGCGGAGCGCGUCAAGGCCCUGGAGAGCGCACUGAAGGAGGCCAAGGAGAACGCCAUGCGUGAUCGCAAACGCUACCAGCAGGAGGUGGAUCGCAUCAAGGAGGCCGUGCGAGCCAAGAACAUGGCCAGGAGAGCACACUCAGCCCAGAUCGCUAAGCCCAUUCGCCCCGGACAUUACCCAGCAUCAUCUCCAACAGCUGUUCAUGCCAUCCGAGGGGGAGGAGGCGGCUCUUCAAACUCCUCUCACUACCAGAAAUAAAUAGAAUCUGAAUCCACGUAGCAUGUCAAGGACUACAUUAAUCACCACUUCCUUUAUUUCCCUCGCGUCCUUCCCCCUACCCGGCCACCCAUGGUUUCCAUUUCUUCUCCCUUUACUUACCCCAGCCAUCUGCAGUACACCAGUUUCAGGUGUUUUGAGCUGUGUAGAAUUUCUGUGUGUACAGAUGUGUGCUUGGACUUUUCUCUUUCUGAGAAACUGGAAGAUGGUUAGUGAAGAUCCACUUACUACUAUUGCUACUGACUCAGCCUCCAGGGCACUGGGUGGUCCCUGGAGCUUCCUCUUCCUGCACUACACUGUCCCAUGGGAGUGCCCUGGCGUGCCAUUCCCUACGAGGGAACAACCAAGUGCCGGAGCCUAGUGGCCAUCCUCUGCCUCCACUGUCUGGUUUCCUGUAAAAUAAACACAUUACUUUAUAUUUUUA